UAUGAAGAUGAGAUCAACAAACGUACUACAGCAGAGAAUGAGUUUGUGGGGCUCAAGAAGGAUGUGGAUGCAGCUUACAUGAAUAAGGUGGACCUGCAGGCCCUUGUGGACAGCCUCAUGGACGAACUGAACUUCCUGAGGACCCUCUAUGAGACGGAGCAGUCCCAAAUGCAGAGCCACAUCAGUGACACAUCCGUGGUGCUGUUCAUGGACAAUAACCACUGCCUGGACUUAGACAGCAUCAUUGCCGAGGUCAAGGCUCAGUAAGAGGAGAUUGCCCAGAAGAGCAAGGCUGAGGCUGAGGCCCUGUACCAGACUAAGCUUGGGGAGCUGCAGACCACAGCUGGCAGGCAUGGUGAUGACCUCAGGAGCACCAUGAGUGAGAUCAUGGAGCUUAACAGGAUGAUCCAGAGGCUGCGGGCGGAGAUUGAGAACGUUAAGACACAGAAUGCCAAUUUUCAGGCGGCCAUUGUGGAAGCUGAGCAGCGUGGAGAGCUGGCCCUCAAGGACGUCAAUGCCAAGCUCCAAAGCCUGCAGGCCGCCCUGCAACAGGCCAAGGAUGACCUGGCCUGGCUGCUGCGCGAGUACCAGGAGCUCAUGAAUGUCAAGUUGGCCCUGGACGAGGAGAUCGCCACCUACAGGAAGCUGCUGGAGGGCGAGGAGUGCAGGUGA